UUCGCGGUACUCUGCUCUGUGCAGCCUUACGGAUACUUAACCUCCUGUUGUGGGUGUUGAACGGGGCCGAAGUAGCUGCUGUUUAUCGCAAUUUUUAAACAAGACUCUGCGGGACUUUGCAGCUGAGAAUAUUCUUUGAUUUUAAAGCGACAAAAUGACACAUUUUAAUAAAGGACCAGCCUACGGACUGUCUGCUGAAGUGAGAAGCAAAAUUGCUCAAAAAUAUGACCCACAGAAAGAGGAGGAGCUCCGCUUCUGGAUUGAAGAGGUAACAGGAAUGUCUAUUGGAGAGAACUUCCAGAAAGGCUUGAAAGAUGGAGUCAUCCUCUGCGAGCUGAUUAAUAAGCUGCAGCCUGGUUCAGUAAAGAAAAUCAACCUUUCACAGCUUAACUGGCACAAGCUGGAAAACCUUGGAAAUUUCAUCAAAGCUAUUCUAGCAUAUGGCCUAAAGCCCAAUGACAUCUUUGAGGCCAACGACCUGUUUGAAAAUGGAAACAUGACACAAGUCCAGACCACACUACUCGCACUGGCUAGCAUGGCAAAAACUAAGGGCAUAGACACAAAGAUUGAUAUUGGGGUGAAAUAUGCAGACAAACAAGCUCGACAUUUUGAUGAUGAGAAGAUCAAGGCUGGACAGUGUGUCAUUGGACUGCAGAUGGGAACAAACAAGUGUGCAAGUCAGGCUGGAAUGACUGCUUAUGGAACCAGAAGACAUCUGUAUGAUCCAAAGACUCAGACUGACAAACCCUAUGACCAGACCACCAUCAGUCUACAGAUGGGAACCAACAAAGGAGCUAGCCAGGCGGGCAUGCCAGCCCCUGGUACUCGAAGAGACAUCUUUGAUCAGAAGGUGGCCCUGCAGCCACUGGAUAACUCUACCAUCUCCCUUCAGAUGGGUACCAACAAAGUGGCAUCUCAGAAGGGUAUGAGUGUAUAUGGUCUGGGCCGACAGGUUUACGACCCAAAGUAUUGUGUCCCCCCAACCGAGCCAGUUAUCCAUACCAAUGGCAGCCAGGGCACCGGCACCAAUGGUUCCGACAUCAGUGACACUGACUAUCAGGCUGAGUUCCAUGAGGACGAAUACCAUGGAGGUUACCACAACGAUUACAGCUCCCAUUACAAUGAUCAGAACAUUGACUAUUAGUGAGGCUUUCCACCUCCAGAGCAGUAUUAACAAGUGCAUUUUAUCAGUACACAACAGAGCAAGUUUUUUGCUAUCCGCACUAGUCUUUCUAUUCUCUUGAACAUGAAAUGUUGCCUUGAGUGCUUUCCUUCUUCACCUAGACUCUUUGAUCUCAACUCCAAAGGUUGUAAGAAGUUAUAGUAGCACACAAUAAUGAUAUGCAGAGAUGGAGUAACAGAUGGUAUUUUCUGUGCUUAAAAGCAGUCUUUUUAAUACCCACGUUUGUAAAAGAAGUCUUAAUGAUGGAACAUUGAUGUAGUGAUUACACUGCUGAUGAAUAGUGUAGUAUCAGCUGACGUUUCUGCAUUCCACUCUUUGUAUUCCAUGUGAAAGGAAUUCCCAUGUGUAUUCUCCAACAUGUACCUCCCAUUGGCAUUUGUUUUAUUCAGUCUUUCUUUCUUUGAUAGGCAUGCUGAUGGCUAAACUUGAGCUGACACUAUUUUAUAGCUAAACUUCCUUUGUUAUUGUUUUUUCAUUUCUUGUAUUCCCAAGCUGUAUUUAUUGCAGUGUCUCCCAAAGUAAAGCAGUCUGCUGCUCUAUGUUCCAGAAAGAAAAUGACAUGUUAUAAAUAAAGUCUUAAAUUCUU